AUGUUGCCAGACGAUCCACACAUUGUGACCGCAGCCCGGUGCAUAGCGAAGAGUAGUGAGGACGUCGUAGCUGAAAGUUCGGGAAGCAAGCUUCGUCGCGCGAAUGUGACGACGCUGAGCGAUGAAGACGACCGCUAUCAAGGAUCGGUAGUGGAGAGAAAGGAUUACGAAGGCGAUAUCGUCGAAGAACAGUCAGACGAAUCCGACGAUUUUUAUGAUCGCCAGUUAGAAGAUGAAGAUGACGAUGAGGCUGAAAUGGCCAGAUCAUCAGAACAUGGCGAAGAGGAUUCUAGUGCCGGUCGUUUAGAGGUAGAGAACGAAUCAGGAGACACCGAAAGCACAUCUGAAGAUGACCAAAUCGAGCAGGAAAAUUCAGUCAGGGUUAUUGGGGCCGAAGAUUUUGAGGCGGAAGCGAAAAAAUGUUCCGCAGUGCAAACUCAGCUAAAAUUGUGGAAUAAAUUACUGGCUACUCGGAUUCGUUUUCAACGUGUGAUGCCGUUGGUCAACAGCCUUCCGCAGUGCCAUGAUACGUGGUCAAAGGUUUCUACGCCAGAGACCGACGCGAAGUUGGCCCUUUGUCGGGAACGGCUACAGCGCAUUUUUAGCCAGCUGCUUAAACUUCAGGACACCUUGUUCGAAGGGAACUCGGUGACGGCGAAUUUGUCUGGUGUCGGCUGCAGUGGCGGAGACAAAGAAGCCUCAGCGAAGAAGCACGAGGGCUCCGUAAAGCGGCGUCGCUAUUCGUUGGACGACUGCUCCGAAAUUUUACGCUCUCGUCGUGAGGCUUUCAAAAAAGUUCAACUGCAUAUUCGGCGUUUGCCGGAAAGGAGCGGAAAGCCGAUUCCUGAACGAUCUGAACUAACGAACAUUUUCUUCACGCUGAAAGUUGAAGAAAACUGGCUGUCGUACCGCUUUUAG